AUGUACCUACUCCGACGAGUCUUGCCGUUAACGGGAUUGAUCGGUGCCGCUCAUUGCUACACAAAAGAGUCUGACUACGGGGAAAAUCUUGCCGGCACCCCUUCCCACGAGAUUUUCCCUCGCCGAAAGUGGAACUCCAAUUGGGAUUUACGUAGAAAUGCCAAAGAUCAAUGUAGCUGCAAUGAAUGCCACGAAAAGAAUAUUAUCGACAAGAUGUUUUACUGUAGCGCCUGUAGCUUUGAAAUUUGUGGGGCUUGUGCUUACGUGAAACAUCAUUCGCACAGCGCCACUCCGUUAUUGAAAAAGCAGGCUAACCAAAUGUUGAUGGAACUUCAACAAGGGUCAAGGAAUGUCAUCAAGACGUACAAGGCUUUGGUUCCUGAACUGCACAAGGGUCUUCUCGAGGGCAUUGACAUCUUUGAAACGAAAUUGCUUUCGAAAGAAGAAACUCUCAAGGACGCUCCAAAUUUGGCCGAUUUACAGGAGAAACACGAGUCAUUCACAAAAAUUAAGUCCAAUUUUGAGUCAUCCGCUGAGAAUUACUUGCCUCAUUUGCGCAGAUUCGAUGCUGAAGUCAAGCAAUUGAUCCAAACCCUCAACGAGAUCCCUGAUGUC